AUGGAGGUGAAUAACUUGUCCUUCUACUUCUCUAGUAGAAGGACAAACGAAAAAGGAAGCAUCCCAGGAGCCCAUUUUCCACCUAAGUUGCUAACAGGAUGUUUAUGGAACGACCGUUUCAAGCAGUUUGUGCUUCUUCAAACAGCUCUAACGAGACAACAAUUCUCAGAAUCUCUGCAAAGCGCCACCUCUUCACGCCGGGGCGGGGGCUGGGGCUGGGGCGAGCGCCUCUCCGGGUGGGGGCCCCUGGCGCGGCUGGCGGGGCCGAGCUGCGUGUCGGUGUGCCUCGAGUGGUGGUGGUACGAGCUGAUGAUCCUCCUCUGCGGCCUCCUCCCGGACCCCAAGCCCACCGUGGCCGCCAUGGGCGUGCUCAUCCAGACCACGGCGCUCGUCUACGUCUUCCCCUCCUCGCUCGGCUUCGGCGUGUCCACGCGCGUCGGCAACGAGCUCGGCGCCAACCGCCCCGCGCGCGCGCGCGCCGCCGCCGCCACGGCCGUGGGGCUCGCUGCGCUCACGGGCCUCGGCGCCCUGGGCUUCGCCGCCGGCGUGCGGGAGCGCUGGGGCCGCAUGUUCACCGCCGACGCCGACAUCCUGCGCCUCACGGCCGCCGCGCUCCCCAUCGUCGGGCUGUGCGAGCUCGGCAACUGCCCCCAGACCGUGGGCUGCGGCGUCCUCCGCGGCACCGCGCGCCCGGCCCACGCCGCCCAAGUCAACCUCGGCGCCUUCUACCUCGUGGGCGCCCCCGUCGCCGUGGGCCUGGGCUUCGGCCUCGGCGUGGGCUUCUGCGGCCUCUGGAUGGGCCUGCUCGCGGCCCAGGUCUGCUGCGCCGGCCUCAUGCUCUACGUCGUCUGGACCACCGACUGGGACGCGCAGGCGCGCCGGGCCCAGCUGCUCACGUCCGCGCCCGCCCCCGCCCCCGCCCCCGCCCCGGACGUCGAGAAGGCCGGGGCGAUGCUGAUUGGCCCGGAGCCCCAGGAGGGAGGAGACAAGGUGAGCUGCUACCAGCCGCUGAUCUCGAUCAGGACGGUGGUGGAGAUCGAGAGAGGAUGAUGAUGAUUUGUAAUAAUGUAAUGUAACCUAUCUACGACACUCUGCUGCGCUCUUACCGCGUGGAACGAUAUGAGAGACCAAGAGCGAGAGCGAGUAUUUUUUUUUUUUUUUUUUUUUUUUUUUUUUUUUU